AUUGCCUUUUUUUUAGUUCAAUUCAUGGUCACUUGCAAUUUCAAGCUUUGUUUGUUUAUCCUUGAUUUUGUUUUGCUCUGUUUUUUUGCUGUUGCUCACGGAUGAGGAGAUUGAUUCCGAUUCUGAGUUAGAGGAAUUUAUGGAACAACAAAUUGAUGCUUUGCCUCAAAAUGAGAUGAAUAAUGAGAUGAAUCCUGAAGAAGAUGGGUCAUCCGACGACUCAGAUGAGAUGGGUUUGGACGAGGAUGAUGAGUCUUCGGAUGAAGAAGACGUAGAGGCUGAAGCACAGGUUCCUCCGAGCAAGAAGAUGUCAAAUGGUAUACAUGGGAUACCUAAAGGUGGAGACAAGAACAAGUCAUCAGGGAAGAAGAGAUGUACAUUCCCUUGUGGUUCUUCCUGCAAAAAGUAGAGGAUAUAUGCACACACCAAAUCACAUUUUUCCAUAGAAAUUUGUACUUGUUUUUAUUAUUCAAAAUUUUGGAUAGUUUACUUUACCCUAUUGGUGAAUGUUUGAGUGACUUAUGAGGUUUUUGGGGUUGAAAAUUUUGGGAUUAUUCUGUCGU